AUGUGGCUUCGCGACUUUUUGCCGGAUCUAAUUCCAACUGCGCGGAUUGCGACAUACAGCUACGAGUCAGACUGGCGCAGAGUGGACGUCAAAACAAAUCUACGCGAAUGUGGAGAGCAGUUGCUCAACGUGCUUCGUCAGAAUCGCUCAACCGAGAAGGAGGGUCGACGGCCGCUGGUAUUCAUUGGACAUAGCCUCGGAGGUCUGGUUAUUAAACAGGUCGGUGUGGUUUUGGCGCGAAUAGAUCCUGUACUAAGCUCUCCACAGGCGCUAGUGCUGGCCGACCAUGGUGAUACUUUCAGAGAUAUUCGAUUGUCCACGGCUGGGAUCAUCUUUCUUGGAACACCACAUCAAGGAAGCGACGCUGCAAUGUAUGGUGGCUGGCUAGCUCACGCCGCUGGAUACGAUAAGACGUUGCUCGAGUCUCUAAAAAGAAAUAGCCCUGCUCUUCAUAACAUUGCGCGGGACUUUGAAGCGAGCUAUAGUAAUGCUGAUAUCGUUUGCUUUUACGAAGACAAAGACGUGUCGUACGGACCCUUGAAGACCCAGUUUGUUAAUCAUCAGUCAGCCACCUUGCUCGGGAAAAGAGAAAUUUAUCUCUCUACGGAUCACUCUGGGUUGAACAAAUUUCGUAGCUCCGACGAUGAAAAUUUCCUCUUGGUGAGGCCAGAGAUCCAGAGAAUGGUUCAGAAGGCACCUCAAAGGAUCGAGGAACAAUAUCGAUCACACGCCGUGGGUACCGAAAAAGCACAAGGACCCCAAGAUCGCCGAGAGGACCAAGAGACGCUAUUACGCCAGACUUUAGCGUCAGAUUACAAGAGUGAUAAGGACCUGGUCUCAGAGAGGGUCCCCGGUACCUGCGAGUGGUUCUUCGAAGAUGAUAGAUUCUUGGAGUGGCGCGAUAGUAACAUUUCAAAACUUCUCUGGGUCUCCGCGGGUCCCGGAUGCGGAAAGUCAGUGUUAGCGCGGGCCCUAAUUGAUGAGAGAAGCCUCUGCACAAAUACCACGGCCCCAACCGUCUGCUAUUUCUUCUUCAAGGAUGGCCAAAAGCAGCGCACACGUGGUGCUAACGCACUCUGUGCUUUACUCCACCAGCUCUUUGAGAGCACCCGUCUUAUCACUCAUGCGCUCCCCAGUUAUAAAAGCUAUAGGAAAAAGCUACGAGACGCAUUCAGCGAGCUGUGGGAGAUACUGGUCAAGUCCGCCCAGGAUUCAGAGGCAGGUGAGAUCAUUUGUGUUUUGGAUGCUUUAGACGAAUGCGAGAAGAACGCAAGGAAUCAGCUUAUAGACAAGCUUGUCCACUUCUUUUCGCAAGCAGAAUCUUGUCAGAAUACGUCAAUACAACUCAAGUUCCUCGUUACUAGCCGUCCUUACGACGAUCUAGAGCAGAAUUUCCGACGGCUUUCGGGUGUCAGCACAUAUAUGCGUUUUGACGGUGACGAGAAAUCACAGAGGAUUGGCCAGGACAUCAACUUGGUGAUUGACGCCAAAAUUCCAUAUAUUACGGGAGACUUCAAGUGA